UCAUUAUCUUUGAAAUCGAAGAAGCUGUGUGAACAAGAUGGACUAUUUACAAAACGAGAUAUCUGAUUUAUUUGUUAACUUCUGUAUUCGGUUUGAAUGUACAUAGAAGGACACGGACAUUAAGCAAGACGAGGUGAUAUUUAGACGUCGAUACCAAGAAAGAAUACUAGUGACCGGUCAGUGAAAUUUGCAUUUAGGCUAGCUAGCUAAGAAUGGAUGGUACCAAAUAAUCGGUGACGCUCAGGUGUAUUGGAUUUUUGGAUUUGGGGUUAAGGUAAUGACGUUACCUUAGUUAGGCUUAGCUAGCUAUCACGUCACGAAGCCUGCUUUUCAACUGGCGACGCCGACAAGGGCGUAUAGUUAUCGCCUGUCGUUUAGGAAACCCAUUUAGAAAAUAGAGUCGAUAACAUUGUCUGUGAUCAUUUUUGACUAUCAUAGAGCCAUUCCGCGCUGCAUGUAGCCAACAUUGUUUUGAAAGGAAGUUAGUCGGAGACUGCGUACUUCUUGCCAAAGGCCGGGGGAAGGUGCAGUGUGGGUUAUCUAAUGCUGCAUUCAAACCAACCCCCUCCUUAGAUUCUAACUCGAGUAUGUAUUUAUUGACAUCCUGAGUGUCUCACUGUAUUCAGUUUCUUCAAAAGUGUACGUUGUAGGAGCAAAGCAAUUUGACUUAAAUCAAUUGGCUUUCUUGUUUGAUUGCUUUUGGCUAUCGCGAAAUGGGUCCUGUCCAAACAGCUUUGGUGCGUUUAUUUGUGAUGAUUGGUGAACUUCUCAUACAUCAGUAACGCACAGAACGAAGAUGGAGACAGGAAUCCAGCAUCAACCGGGUGAGCAAUUCGUCCACCCGUUGACCAACCCGGGAGCUACGGGAUUAUGCCCAGAAAUGCUCGAAGUCUCAGAGGAGGCAAACCGGGCAGGGGAUUUCAACCUCGCCGCCGAAAUCUACAGCUCUCAACUUGCGGACCUUCAACAACCGGACCGGGGCCUCUGUUUGCGAAAAGCGGAUGCUUUGGCACAGGGAGGUAGGAUAGGUGAGGCUCUGGACUCGUACUGUACAGCGGCAAACCUAAGCAAUCUGAGACCGGAGGAGUUGCGUAUUCUAGUUGAAAACAUUGCACAGACUCUAAGAGAAAAAGAUCUAAACGUUUUUAGUGGAUCGCGCAGUGGAGACGGCGGACUGGAUUCGGAUGGAGACACCGAAGAGGACGAGCCGUUAGACUUAUUUUCAUGUCGCCUUUGUAAGAAUUUGCUUUCUGAACCAGUAACGUUAAUGUGUGGCCACACGUUUUGCAAACCUUGUUUAGAAAAUGAAACUGUCACGGAUUGCAAACAGUGCAAGUAUAAACUGGACAAAAAAGAUGGGCAGAUUUUGCCAUUUGGACUAAGAAUAGAUGUUGUACUAAGUGGGUUGUUGGAAAAAUGGUUCGACUCCGAAAGCAAAGCCAGGAGGUUUUGUAUAGAAGGAGACAUGUUAUGGAAAAAACAAGACUAUGCAGAUGCCUUGGAGAAGUACAACAAAGCUGUAGAACUAGCGCCCUCUUCAGGCCGCCUGCUGGCACAGCGGGCCAGGCUGCACAUGGCCAUGAGGAGUUACUGUCUGGCUGUGCAGGACGCUGACAGCAUGUGCAGAGUCAACCCUCUCUGGCCACAGGCCCACUCUCUGAGAGCCUCUGCCCUGAUCAGAGCCUCCAGGAAGGAGGAAGCGUUGCAGGAGUACUUCCUCUGUGUGGCACUGAAGCCUGAUUGGACCACAGUCAAGAUGGAGGCCCAGAAGGUGCUGAGCGAGCUGUUUUCCUCCGUGUUCGAGAGGGCUGAUGUUCCCCAGCCCCUGCUGCCCCUGGCAGGAGACCCCUCCACACGCUUCCUCAAACCCUCCGCCCUGCUCAACUCCCUGCGGCCACUCGCCAGGGCACCCACCGCCCAGCCUGCCCAGGACUCAGAGGUCAGUGUGAGCAGGUCAGGGUGUGAGGGUUCGUCCACACAGCCGGGCCCCAGACGACCCCUGGGGGACGAGGGCAGCAGUAAGACCCUGGCCAGCGUCCUGGCCGCCCUGCCGGCGCCCCCCGGUGGCACUAAGAGGAAGCACGGUGGAGACGAGCCUUUCUGCCACUCCUCCAAACUACUCCGAGCAGAUGAAAGGUGCUCCUCUCACGCCCCUGCCACGCCCUCCGGGGGGCGGUCCGUGCCCCUCAGCCUGCUGGACAGUGGAGACAUGGAGUGUUCCCUCUGCAUGAGGCUGUUCUAUGAGCCGGUCGCCACUCCGUGUGGACACACCUUCUGCCUCAAGUGUCUGGAGCGCUGCCUGGACCACAACCCCUACUGCCCUCUGUGCAAGGAGAACCUGGCUGAGUACCUGGCCACCAGGGGGUACAACAAGACUGUGCUGAUGGAGCAGGUGCUGCAGCGUUACCUAGGAGACGAGCUGGCUGACAGGAAGAGGAUCCAGGAGGAGGAGCAGAAGGAGCUGUCCAAUCUGAACCAGGAAGUGCCUAUCUUCGUGUGCACCAUGGCGUUUCCCACCAUCCCCUGCCCGCUGCACGUGUUUGAGCCGCGCUACCGCCUCAUGAUCCGCCGCUCCAUGGAGACAGGCACACGGCGGUUCGGCAUGUGCAUCGCUGAUGAGCUGCAGGGCUUCGCAGACCACGGCUGCAUGCUGGAGGUGCGCAACGUCAAGUUCUUCCCAGACGGGCGCUCUGUGGUGGACACGGUCGGCGCCGCGCGCUUCCGCGUGCUGAGUCACGGCCAGCGAGACGGCUACCAAACGGCCAAGAUAGAGUAUCUGGAGGACAAGAAGGUGGAGGGAGAGGAGUUAGCAGAGCUGCAGAAGCUGCAUGACUCUGUGUAUGAGCAGGCCACUUCCUGGUUCACCUCCCUGAAGGACAACAUGAAGAGCCAGAUCCUCAGCCACUUCGGACACCUGCCAGGGAAAGACCCCGACCCACAGGGUAGUCCCAGUGGCCCAGCCUGGUGCUGGUGGCUGCUGGCUGUCCUUCCUCUGGAGAACAGAGCCCAGCUCACCAUCCUGGCCAUGACCUCCCUGAAGAGCCGCCUGGUGGCCGUCCGCAGGGUCCUGCUCUUUGUCAUGCGCAAGAGACCGCGAUGACCUCCGCACGCGCUGGCCCUCCCCCCUCCCUCACCGCCCUCGGCCCUCCUCCCUCCCUCCCUCCAUCACCGCCCUCGGCCCUCCUC